GCAUCAUUUCUGCAUGGUAACGGAGCCCUUCGCCUCCUCGAACCAGGGCUUCGAGCUGGUCGAGGCGAGAGGGUUCCUCGCCCGCUGGGAGCGUUUCGCGCGCUGGGCUUUGCGGCGCGCGCUGCAGAAUAGGACCUGGUGGGCAGUUGGCCAGUUCUUGGGCGAGUGCAAGAGGAUCGAGGAAACAGCUAGGGCCGACGUGGAGCGGGAGUUCGGACUGGUGGAUAACCGAGGUAUCGGAAAGCCGAGUGUGGUUUCAGGUGAUGAGAAUAAGUUCAGAGAGUGGAGCAAGAAGUUUGAAUCAUUUGUGGUCACAGUGUAUGGAGACAAGCUACGAGAAGUCCUGGAGUGGGCGGUUGAGCGGCCAGAAGCAGUUACCAUCAAGGCGGUCAGCGCAGCUUUCGGGGAUGAUUCGGACGAGCCGAUGGACAACAUCGCGAACAUCAAUUCGCAGAUGUAUGCUGCCCUACAGCAAUUGUGUACAGGAGAGCCCUCCGAUAUCGUGAGCAAUGCGGCUUCAAACAAUGGGUUUGAUUGCUGGAGGAAGCUGCACAAGAGGCACGACCUUGCCACUGGCAGCCGCAAGAGGACAAUAUUGAGGAGCGUGCUGAGUCCUGGGCAGGCCACUCCUGAUGAGCUCGGCUCGGCGCUGGAGCGCUGGGAGGAGCUCGUGGCUAGAUGCGAGCGUCGACGUGGGCGAGAUGGAGUUCGAGAGAGGCUGCCCGAGGAUAUUCGCAUGUCGGCGCUGGAGUCUCUUCUUCCGGACGACUUGGGCAAGCACGUCCGGCUUGAUCAGUCGAGGUUCGCCGACUACAGUUCCCUCCGAGCGGAGGUGGCGCAGUACUUCGAGCAGCGCACCGGCAACCUAGUCAAGGACCCGCUGGUCACUGGCGGCGGCAAAGGCAAGAAGGGCAAGAAGGGCGGCAAGAAGGACGCGAACCAGAUGGACGAGGAUUGGGCGGAAGGAGGAGAAGGUCAAGCAAGGCAAGACCAGCCAGAGCCAGAAGAAGCAGGUGGUUUGGAGUUGCGCGCGCUCGCGCCGCCACUGUGCGUCAUCGACUCAGAGAAUUGGGUUUCAGUCAACUUCGAUUCUGGAGCGGCUGCCGCAGCUAUGCCAAGUUCAUGGUCAGCGGCAGAUGGCACGCCGAGUGGUCGGCAGUAUCGCACGGCAAGUGGACAGAUCAUCGACGACGAAGGCCUGGGUGCGAUCAGAGGGUUUGACGAGAACAAAAGAAGACUUCGGUUUCGAGCGCGCCGAGCGGCAGUGACCAAGCCAGUCGCGUCAGCCUCGAAGAUGCUGAGUGACAAGAUCGACUACAUGGACAAGGAAGGUGGCUUGAUCUACGGUGAGGACAGCGUUCCAGGUCGGCGGCUGCGACAGUUCGCGGUGCGUCUCAAGCAUGAUCAUCCAGAUGAUGGCAUUGGGCUUUGGCAAGCGAAAGGAGUCUGCAACAUGUAUCUCAAGGUGGGUCCCAAGACGGCGGCCACGAUACGGAGCUCGACGAGUCGGAGUCCCACGAAGCCCGUCAACACCGUCGAGAGCGAGAUGGCCGCGCGCGCAAGGGAUCUGGCAGCAAGUCCUCCGUCGGAGGGCUGCCGGCAGGUCCGCCCGCAGGGCCGGCCGCGGCGCCAGUUGCCCCAGUCGCCGGGGGGCUUCUGGCAGGAGCCGCAGAGCCAGCGAGGCCGGAUGGAGGUUCCUGUUGUGCCCAUGGACUUCGGAUGCCUCGACAGCGCCGAGGCGGGCGCGAUCCGGAAGGGCCAGGAGCGGAGGCCAUUGGACAAGUGCGAGUCUAAGGACAUUCUCUUGGAGGAGCCGCCUGUUGGCGACCACUCUGCGGACGGCCAAGUCGAGAACGCAGUGGAGAUCAUCGAGGCGCAGGUCCGCACCAUCCUGUUGGCUUUACAGUCGAAAUGGGGCAAGCGCCUUUCGUUCGGGCACCUGCUCGCGCUCUGGGCCAUCGGGCGCGCGGCCUCAGUCAUCAAUCGAUUUCGAGUUGGAGCUGAUGGACGCCCUGGAGAGGAGUUGCGUACUGGGCGUAACUGGGAGCGUGCGAGUGUGGCCUAUGGCGAGCGCGUCAAGGGCAAGAAGCUCGUGAUCGACCAAAGGAAGCGAGACCUCGAAUCAAGUGCGGACCAGACGUUCUCGAGCUUCAGGGCGAGCCCGGGACUUGGCAGCGGGGGCGUGGAGAAGAAGCUGUGGCUGCAGUACCUGCCCCAGCUGGAGCUGUUCCACCAGUGGUAUACCUGUCGGAGUUCAGGCGCGUCUGGCGCCGCCACCGCAGGUGCUAGUGCCGAGGGGGCUGUGGCGCCCGAUGUGAAGAGGCAGAUGGAGGGCGCUGUGGACAUGAACGCUGGGAGCCUGGAGGUCGAUUCGAGUAUCCCGCUGGAGUUGGAGUCUCUGGCGAUCAGAGAGCUUUUCAAUCCAAGCUGUUUCGCCGAGCUGGCGCCAGCUUUUGGAAUGGCGCCAUGCGUCGCCGCAGACAUUGAGCUUUUGAACGAGGACGGGGAGCCGUAUGACCUGAGCCUCGAGAGCAAUCAGGUCAAGUUUGAGCGCGACGUUGAAUUCGAAGACCCUUAUCUUCUUUGCUCUGCUCCUCCCUGCACGAAGUUCACGACGCUGCAGGCCCUCGGCCGAGGGAAGCACAAGGCCGAGAACGAAAAUGGAGACAUGGGGCCAGUCAUGAAAGCAACGGGUUGGAUGGUUAACAAUAGACAAUUAGCUGAACCCCUUAAUCGCAGGUGCAACGGCAAGCAGAAGCAUGCGCAACUCAUGGGCAAGAGCAAAGUUCGGGGAGCUAAGUCAUACACGAUGAAGCUUAAGAAGGCCAUCCUUAAGGUGCUCAAGCAGGAGCUCGCGCGGAUCGGUGAGUUGAAUAGCGUGGCCCAGGCGGGCCCCAUUCCCGACCAAGAGAUAGAGUGCUGGAUGCCAGAUGCGCCGUGCGACGGCGUGGCGGAGAACGGCUUUUGGGAUGAUGUCAACGGAGGUUGGCUAGAACCUGAGUUCGUCAGGGAAGCUGGGAAGCUCGAGAUGGAUUGGAUGAAGCGUCAGUCGGUCUACGCCGAGUGCGAUGAGUCCGAGUGCUACAAAUCGACGGAGAAGGGGCCGAUUAACACAGGAUGGGUCGACACGAACAUUUCAUGCGCCUACCCCCGGUCUGUGGAUUCUCCCAGGGCGCUCGAGAUAGAAGGCGACCAGCGCCAUGUAGAUAUGAUCCUGCGCGAAUUAG